AUGGGUGAAGGACGAGCACUUGUCGUCGGAUCUGAGCCAAUCUCUCCUCCAUUUCCACUUAGAAUGCAAGGAUAUGUUCAAAGAGGCUUCGGAAGGGGAAGUAAAGACCUUGGAAUACCAACAGCCAAUCUCCCUGAAGAGAGUUACAACGAGAGCUUCAAGCUUCUCGAUGCAGCCAAGAACACUGGUGUCUACUACGGUUGGGCAAAGGUAGACGGCGUGGAGAAUGCUCAAGUACAUCCGAUGGCCAUGUCCGUUGGAUGGAAUCCUUACUACAAGAAUGAGAAGCUCACAGCGGAAGUUCACAUUAUGCAUAACUACGAUAUGGAUUUUUACGGCAAAAAUAUGCGCGUAAUAGUCACCGGAUACGUCAGACCAGAAUUGGAUUACUCGACUCUCGAAGCCCUGAUUGAGGACAUAGAGUUUGACAAAAAAGUAGCAAUACAUUCAUUAGACAGACAAUCAUAUAAGUUAUUGAAGAGUGAUAGUUUCUUCAAUUGA